UUCCAUUCACCACUAAUGGAGGACUACACCCUUCCCAUACCUCUCUUAACUAAAACCGCCACCGCUACAAGCGGCGCUGCCAAUGAAGAUGCUAAAAAUAGGGCUUCCUCACCAAGUACUUCCGGUAUCAUUUGCCGUCUUCUCUUGGUAAUCCUCAUCGGAACAAUCUCCGUAUGGGCAAAACACGAAGCAUCAAAAGGAUUCAAGGUAACCGUAAUCAACAGCGCCGCCAUCAAACACUCCCCGGCGGGGAGACGCUUCCAUCUCUUUUACGUAUCCAACGAUGAAGCCACUCGAAUCAUCUUGAGCACAAGCGCCGUGGUCGAAAACAUUCUUUACCCCAAUCAUCCCCACCAAACAAAGAAGCCAGUUCAUCAUGUCGUUCUUCAGUUAACCGCCGCCGGAGAAGAUAACCCGUCGAAGACCAAAGUCAGUGUGGCCAGAAGCAAAGAGAAAGAAUCCGUUUACAUCAUCAGCUUAAGUGCAUCGAUAAUGGAGGAGAGUAAUUUCAAGUACAGUGUGGUAUCAGCUAUACAACUUGCCAUGGCUCGUAUAUGGGUGUGGGAUGGCGAGUCCAGUGGUGGUGCUCCACCUUGGCUCAUCGACGGCAUGGCGGAGUACAUAUGGAUGAGAGCCGGAUUCGGCCAAGGCGAAGAGACAACACAGCAUUUGGGAUCGAAUUUCAGACCAGACAAGUUGUGUUUUGUUGUUUCCGAGUUAUGUUCGAAAUGGAAGAUGAAGAUGAAUGGUGAUGAUGAUGGGAAACGGGCAAAACCAGGCGGUGUUUGCAGGGAAGAAGGAAAGGAUCCGAAGAUUGUGGCAGAGGCUUUGGACUAUUUAGAGCAGAGAAACAAAGGGUAUGUUGAAGGAUUGAAUCAGAUUCUCAGAGAUGGAUGGGAUUGAAGUUUGAAAACUGCCAUUAAUUUAUUCAAGAACAGCAUUGGUGGAUC